AAAAGGAAGAGCAACGGUCAACGUGUAAGAAGUUGGUUAGAGAGAGAGCGGGAAAAGUGGAUUCAAUCUCAAUUUACAGUUACACACUAAACUUCAGGAGAGAGAUCUGCAACUUCCCCGCUCCAACGACACUCCUCCGCCAAGAGAUCUUCACUUUUAGAGAAACAAAUCAAAAGAAUUCAAUUCACAAAUCACACAUUGAAUUGAACAACAACAGCGAUUAAGCAAGAGAUUAAGAUGGCUCAAGCACAGCCCGAGGAGAAGCCUCAAGAGCCUUCAGAACAGGACGCCAAAGCCAGUUCUGGGUCUGUUUCCUUCAAAUUCAAUGCCCACGCGCCGGAAUUCGUCCCCAGAAAGCAUGCCCAGUUGCCCAUCUCCGGCUACUACUACCCCUGCUUCCAUUUUCUCGGCGGCACCGGCGGGUCCGAUUGGGUUUACGUCGGAGAUCAGGAGCCGUUCCGGUUGGUUUCCGAUUCGGCCGUCGCGGUCCCCAACUGUCCGAAGAAUGUCCUCAGCGACGAUCUCAAGCAAAUGAUCAUCAAGCAGGUUGAAUAUCAGCUAAGUGACAUGAGCUUGCUUGCAAAUGAAUCUUUGUCAAAACAUGUCAAUAAGGACCCUGAAGGUUAUGUUCCAAUAUCUGUUAUUGCAUCUACCAAGAAAAUCAAGUCCCUUACUAGUAACCACAACCUACUCGCCCAAGCUCUCCAGUCCUCUUCUGUUCUUGUUGUAUCCAGUGACAGCAAGAAGGUAAAGCGUCGGCACCUCUUCACUGAAAAAGAUAGAGAGGAACUGAUGUCCCGCACUGUUGUCGCAGAGAAUCUACCUGAAGAUCACUCGCAUCAUAACAUUGAGAAAGUAUUCGGUGUUGUUGGAAGGGUGAAAACCAUUCGGAUAUGCCAUCCCCAGGAGCCUAAUUCUUUGCGUUCCAAAAGCAGUUUUGUUGUCAGUAACAAGCUCCAUGCGCUAGUGGAAUACGAGACUCCUGAGAUAGCUGAGAAAGCCGUUGAGAAGUUAAAUGAUGAAAGAAACUGGAGGAAAGGCCUCCAUGUCAGGCUGCUGCUUAGAUGCUCGCCAAAGUCUGUUCUAAAGGGCAGGAAAUCAGAGUUUGAUGGGAUUUUGGAUGAUGAAGAGAUGCAUUCUGAGUCACCAGGGGACUCUUCUCAGCUUCAUGGCCCAGAAUUGGCUGAAGACAAUGCUGAAGACAAUCCAUCAGGAACAAAGAAAGGAUUCGGUAGAGGGCGGGGGAAGUCCCGGCCUCGCACUCAAAGUCAGUCUCACAAUGGCCGUGGCUUGCUUGCUCCAUCUCCACAAACAAGCAGCUCCAUCCAGUUCGAUGCACGAGCUAAACAGAUUACAAAAGGACCGAGAAUGCCAGAUGGAACGAGGGGCUUCACCAUGGGACGAGGGAAGCCACUAAGCACCUCCGUCUUGGGCAGUCUGAGCUUGGUGUGAUCGGUGGUGCUGAUCAAUUUUGUUAUCCAACUACUACUAGUAGCUAGAAAAUACUCUUUUUCUACACUGUCUGAUAGUUGUAUUGAAGAGGUGAGAAAUCAGUUGUUUAGCGAAUAAUUGAAUCCGGACCCUCUCGGCUUGUACUCAUUCAUUCCCGGAUGAUCAAGAAGAUCAGUUUUGACAAUAAUUCUAGAUGUAUGCAACUACAUGUCAAUGCUAAUGACA